UUGGAGGGCGGAGGGGGGAAUCCAUGGUGGGAUCGGGCGAGCCUGGGCAAGCUGGCUAGAGACCACCUCAGCUCGCGCCGGCCCGCGAGCUGGGACCCCUCCCCAGGAGAGCUACCACCAUGUGGAUCCAGGUUCGCACCAUGGAUGGCAAGGAGACCCACCGGGUAGACUCUCUCUCUAAGCUCACCAAGGUGGAAGAGCUAAGGUUGAAAAUCCAGGAAGUGUUCACGGUGGAACCAGGGAGACAAAGGCUUUUUUAUCGGGGCAAACAGAUGGAAGAUGGGCACUCCCUUUUUGACUAUAAUGUUGGUCUAAAUGACAUUGUUCAGCUGCUAGUGAGACAAAGCCCAGCUGUACUUUCUGUUCCUAGUAAAGAAAAGGAUUCUGAACUUUCUGAUACUGAUUCAGGCUGUUGCUCAGGGCAGAGCGAAUCUGAUAAGAGUUCCAAUCAUGGUGAAGGAGCCCUGGAAAUUGAUGGGCAACCUGGCCCAGCUGCUCCAACAGAUUGGAUUGAUCCAGGAUUUGGCCUCUAUAAGAUUAAUGAAUAUGUAGAUGCCCGAGAUAUGAACAUGGGAGCAUGGUUUGAAGCCAUAUUGGUAAAUGUUACAGAAAGAGCAGAAGAAGCCAGCGAAUCCAGUGACAUUGAAAAUGGCCAAGUGCCUGAAGAGGAUGUUAUCUAUCAUGUGAAAUAUGAAGACUAUCCAGAAAAUGGUGUUGUAAAGUUGAGUUCAAAAGAUGUAAGAGCUCGAGCCCGGACGAUACUGAAAUGGCAUCAGUUGGAAGUUGGACAAAUUGUAAUGGUGAACUAUAAUCCUGAUGAACCCAAGGAGAGGGGCUUCUGGUAUGAUGCUGAGAUCCUUCGAAAACGGGAAACGAGGACUGUUAAAGAGAUCUAUGCAAAUUUACUGCUUGGGGACGCGGGUGAUUCUCUGAAUGAUUGUAGAAUAACUUUUGUGGAUGAAGUUUACAAAAUUGAGGAACCUGGCAGUGUGAGCCCGGUUGGUUUCGAAAAUCCUUUGAAAAGACAGAGUGGCCCCAUUUGCAAGCACUGUAAAGAUAACCCCAAUAAGACCUGCAGAAUGUGUGCCUGCUAUGUGUGUGGAGGAAAGCAAGACCCUGACAAGCAGCUGAUGUGUGAUGAGUGUGACAUGGCUUUCCACAUCUAUUGCCUCAACCCCCCACUGAGCCGGAUUCCGGAUGAUGAGGACUGGUAUUGCCCUGAAUGUCGGAAUGAUGCUAGUGAAGUGGUCUUGGCUGGGGAGAAGUUAAAAGAGAGCAAAAAGAAGGCAAAGAUGGCAUCUGCUACAUCAUCAUCUCAAAGAGAUUGGGGCAAGGGUAUGGCAUGUGUGGGUCGCACAAGGGAGUGCACGGUUGUGCCUUCUAAUCAUUAUGGACCAAUCCCUGGAAUUCCUGUUGGUACCAUGUGGAAGUUCAGAGUACAGGUGAGUGAGUCUGGUGUCCAUAGGCCCCAUGUGGCAGGUAUACAUGGCAGAAGCAAUGAUGGCGCCUACUCCCUGGUCCUAGCAGGGGGCUAUGAAGAUGAUGUGGACCAUGGCAACUCUUUCACUUAUACAGGCAGUGGGGGCAGAGAUCUUUCUGGCAACAAACGGACUGCAGAGCAGUCCUGUGAUCAGAAACUUACCAACAUGAACAGAGCUCUGGCUUUGAACUGCAGUGCUCCUAUCAAUGACCGAGGUGGAGCUGAAGCCAAGGACUGGCGAGCUGGGAAGCCAGUCAGAGUGGUGAGGAACGUUAAAGGAGGGAAACACAGUAAAUAUGCCCCAGCUGAAGGGAAUCGAUAUGAUGGCAUAUAUAAGGUAGUGAAGUAUUGGCCUGAAAAAGGAAAAUCUGGUUUCCUUGUGUGGCGAUACCUCCUCAGAAGGGAUGAUGAUGAACCUGGUCCAUGGACAAGG